GGUAGGAGCUUCGGGAGGACUCGGUUGGCUUCGGUCGGACUCGGCUACAGAGGGGGGACUGUUGUCAUUCGUCCGGGCUGUGUGGCGAGCUUUUGUCCAGCAGAGAUGGCCGGGAUUAAAGCUCUCAUCAGCCUUUCCUUUGGAGGGGCCAUCGGCCUCAUGUUCCUCAUGCUUGGAUGUGCCCUCCCUGUGUAUGACAAAUACUGGCCUUUGUUCCUGCUCUUUUUCUACAUCCUCUCUCCCAUCCCUUACUGCAUCUCGCGGAGAGUGGUCGAUGACACAGACUCGGCCAGUAAUGCCUGCAAAGAGCUGGCCAUCUUCCUCACGACGGGCAUCGUCAUCUCAGCUUUCGGCCUGCCGAUCGUCUUCGCAAGAGCUGAAGUAAUUGCCUGGGGAGCAUGUGCACUCGUGCUAACAGGUAACGUAGUCAUCUUUGGGACGAUCCUGGGCUUCUUCCUGGUCUUUGGAUCCAACGAUGACUUCAGUUGGCAGCAGUGGUAAAACGGCAGCUGGAGGGGGACCUUAGUCUGAACUGUUUUUAUUAGCGUUACAAUUAUUAUUAUUAUUAUUAUUAUUAUUAUUAUUACUGUUAUGGUAUUACCGUUCUUGUUGUUAUUUAUAUGAUGACCGCCCAUCCAUAGACUCACAUCAAACCAGUGCAAUACUUUUUUUUGUGUUUUGUUUUGUUUUGUUUUUACCACUCGCAUCAUGCUGAACUGACACAAGUGGGAUGGAAAAUGCUGACUUUCAGUUGGAUUUUUUCCCAUUUUUAAGUUUUACUCUUUCUGACUUCUGUGCUGUGAGUCUUUGUUUUCCAUCUUUUUGUAUGUAUCCACUUUUAUUUAAAGGAUUACAAGCUGGUGAACAGCUUUUACAGCGUAGUAUCUUUGAAGAUGUGUUAAAAAGAAUUCAAAAUUAAUGGCACGGACCAAAAGGAUAUGGUCAGUGAUGUCUGGCCUUCUUUUUGCAAUUAACAGAGACACUUAAAAACACUGGAAGGAGCUUCUUCUUUGUGAAAUUAAUGUAAGUCAGCUGGAAAUUGAGGAAAAAUCUGCACAAUAUGAGCCAAAAUUUCAUCAGACACGUCUCUGUUUCAUACAGGUCUUACUGGAUUUAAGUGUCAACAGUUCAGCUGAUAUAAUGCAGGCUUUUCUCAGCUUUCAGUCAGUAAAAUGUGAACAACACUAAGCUUGAGUGUUCUUGUGAAAGUAGCGGGCUGUUAUUGCCACCAACAGUACCUAACAUGCGAACUCUAUUAUGUGUAAAUGUGAUAUAAAUCUUUCUCAUGACACAAAGUGAGGAGGUGGUGUUCAGGAGCAGUGUGCAAGGAUUCAUUUUAAACUCUCUCUCUAUCACACCAGAGAUCAAAUUAAACUGACUUAGUGAUUUUCCAGGUACCAACAUGGUGGGCUGCUUAUUCACCAAGUUUUUCUGCAUCCAGUCGGCUCGUGUUCCAGUUAGUGUGAGUUAGCGUUUUUCAGUUAGGUCAAGAAAGCAUGCAAAGCCCGUAGCAGCCACCAGCUAGCAUUGGAUUAGCUCAAGGACAGCAGCCUUGUUGGAAACUCGGCCAAGCUACCCUAAGAGCCGGGCUACUUAUAACCGAGGCCCAUUUAACAGCCUUUAAGCUUUUGAAUGCGACUCCCUAAAAGUGAAAGAAUCCAGUGACUUUGCUCUGCAUUCCAGCUCUGGCACAUACUGUAUUUCCUCACACCAGCAAAAAAAAAAGGAACAAAAAACACGCCGUAUGAAUAAAGUUUGAAAGUAUUGGGUUGUGUAAACAAAGUCUGCAUGCUGGUUUAUGUAAUCUGCUGCAGCUUCUUGAUAAUCAGGGCCUGCAGUCAGUCAGGUGCAGCGCCUCAGACUGCUGUUACAUUUAAACUGCAUUAGUGGUGACUAAACGAGGAGUGAAGAUAAUGCUACCCUGUAAAGAACUGCAGUGACUAAUGGAGCUUCAGGUGUGUUUUGUUGUUUUGUUUGAGUUUUUUCUUUUUGUUUUUUGUUGUUUUUUUGUAGAUGGCACUGUUUGAAAAUCUCUGAGUUUCUCCAGCCAUUACAAGAAUCAAAUGUUUUGUUUCCAUGCAAAUUUCCAGUGGACAUCUUCACACGUUUUGGCCCUCAAUCAGUUUCAUUUCCAUAUUUAAAUCGUAUUUUUAGGGUUUUAGAAGCACACAUCCAGCAAAUAAAACAGAAACAGUCCUACAGGAAUAGUUUAGCAUUUUGGUGAACUCACUCACAUGUGUUGCAUAUGAAGCUAGACGUGAUUGAUUGCUUGUCAUAAGGACUUUAACAGGAGGACAUCUGGGCUCUGAAAGAAAACCAAGCCUGUCAACAAGUCCAAGCUUCAGCAUUUAUCAGAAUUGACUGAAUUUGUUUUAAUCUGUACACAAACUAAAGUUUAAACCUAUUUGUGAUUUCAGAGUUAGUUUUUGAGCUCUAACUACUCUUUGUUAAGAAAUAUUGGUAAUUUUGUAUUUUAGUUUAAUUUCCCUUUACUUACAAUUUAAAAAGUAAACUUUAGGUAUUUUAGCAGAGCUGUAUUAUAGCUGUGUACCCCCUUGUUCCAGUCUUUAAUGGUAAAUUAAUCAGAUCUGUAUUUGAGCUUUGUCACAUCAGACUUUUACUGUAAACUGAAUUUGUGUAAUUGGCUCAUUAACAGAAUUCGAGUAUGACUCUUACAGUAUUUCCUGCAUUAGUCAAAGACCAUCCAAGAAAAUCAUUAGGAACCAUUUGAGUGAACCUCUGGCUGAAAAAUAUGGGCUGACUGACCUUUGUGCAGGGUUAAUUUGAACUUGUGAUCACGGAGCUCAUAUUUCCGGCCUUCGUUCAGCCCUACGAAAGAUAUCGAUUGUUUUAAAAGCACCACAUUGACGGCAGAUUUUUGUUUUAUGUUAAAAACAUGCUUUAAAAUGUACUACUGACAUGAUUUGUGAGUAUCAUGAUGUAAUCCCAUGGAUGAAUCCUCUGGUGGCAGUCUGUGAGCCUGUCUGUGGUUCAGACAAGCAGGGUAACUCCAGAUGGCGUUUCUGGGACGUGCGCAUCUGUAUGACACUGGGUUUUUAGCUAAACGUGUCAAAUGUUCUCAGAUUUUCUGUUUUGUAGUCUGCCGUUAAUUCUGAACUGUCACUCUGGCAUGAAGAUGUGGGAUUAUUCUUAGGUUUCUCUCACAGAUCUUUGAAGGAUGUUGUAUUUAUUUAUUUCACUGGAUGCUUUGUGUCAAGGUUCAACGCCAUUUUCUAUCUCAACUGUUAUGUUGAAGAUGAGGAAGUCAGCAUGGUGGUUUCUUUUUUUUUUAAUAAACGCCAUUUUUGAAAGUCUU